AUUUGGCUGUGUUCAUCGCUAGAAACUGAUAGUUUCUCGUUAGGCUAAGCUUCAUUAAUCUCGUUAGUUAAGUGUAAUCAUUAAAUAGGAAAAUAAUAAAUAAUGAAACCAUCAUCGUGGUGUGGCCCGACAGUGCUCUACCUUCUGGCUGCGGUCAUCCCCUGCAGUCUGGAAGCGGUCGAAAUCGAUUGUUCGGAUCUGCGGAUGGGCCAGUACCUGUGUCCGGAUCCCAACGUGCGGCACAUCGAUCCCAAAACGCAACAACUGCGGGGAUGUACCAAAGAUAACAAAGCCCGCGUGUGGUGCCUAGCCGUAGAGGGCAUCACCUGUAGCGAGACGAAAAAUUCCAGCUUUACUCGGGAGAUGCCAUGCAAGUGGACCAACGGGUACCACUUCGACACGGCGCUGCUGCUGUCCGUCUUUCUGGGCAUGUUCGGAGCGGACCGGUUCUAUCUGGGCUAUCCGGCCAUUGGUCUGCUCAAAUUCUGCACCCUCGGAUUCAUGUUCCUUGGUCAGCUGGUGGACGUCAUACUGAUAGCCACCCAGGUGGUCGGUCCAGCAGAUGGAUCAGCCUACGUGAUUCCGUACUACGGCCCGGGUAUCUCGGUCGUCCGAAGCGACAACUGGACCUAUCGGUUACCGCAGGAUAAUUGGUGAUUGUUGGCGAAUGUGUUCAAGAAUCACAAAAUAAAGCACUGACUGCAUGGUGGAAUGAAUUGCAUAACAA